UGAAAAAAAGAAGAAUUCAAAAAGGGAAAGAGGGGAAAUUGCAGAUCGCUAUGGCAACCCGGGGGCCGCCGCCGUCGUCGUCAUCAUCCGGAUCCGCGACCGUGACGAUCGACCGCUCCACCUCCUCCUCCUCCGCCCCCGCGGCCGCGCAGCCGCCGCCGCCGGAGACGGUGCUGCUGCGGCUGAAGCGGCGGGCCAAGAAGAAGGUGUCGUGGAAGGAGGGUACCGUGGACAACGAGUCCCUUGGCCGCAAGAGCUCCAAGAAGUGCUGCAUCUUCCACAAGGAGGUUCCCUUCGACGAGGACUGCAGCGACGACGACGACGACGACGCGGACCGGAAUCCGCCGGCCGACGGCGGGGGCGGCUGUUCCUCUUCCUCCCAUGGCCAUGGCCACAGCCAUAGAGACCACCACCACUCAGAUCCGGUUCGAUAAGGUAAAAUAUUUGGCGAGUAGUAAUGAUCAAGGGGCAUAUCGUAUCCACCUUCUGGGAGCAAAUGUGAAGGACAUAGGAGCAUCAAACAUGCUAAAACUCAUGCCCUGAAAAAUCUUGUGGCUAUUAUAGAUGAUCUCAAAAGCAUGUCAAUCUUCUUAGGAAAAUUGUACGCAGUCUGAUGCAGAGGCUUUGAUGGAAUCUACUGUGAUCAUUGUUUGCAUCAUGUGGUUUUCUUUGGUGAGCAUCUUCCUCAAGUUUAAUCUUUGGUGCUUAAUAGGUUCCAAUUGAAUGGCCAUAGAAUUUUGCGAUCUACUUUGAGUUUCUUCGGUUUGUUGCUGCAAGGUUCGAAAGAUGCGUUUGCAAUUACAUAUUACAAAAGGACAACUUUGGUCCUCAUGAGUUUUAUGUGAGUUGUACUGUAAAGAAAAUACAAAUUGUUUCAUGUGAAUUUCCUGUCAA